GCAAGAAGUACGAGAUCAAAAGAGACCCCCUUGAUUUUCACCUUUUUUCUUUUGCGAAUUCUAUCCAGGCGACGGCGACGACGUUUUUGAUCUAUUACAACAGAAAGAAAGUAGUUUCACCUCCUUACCGAUAAUUCUAGACGGAGUUUCACGGAGAAAAAAAGAGUUGAAGACAUACUUGCUGGAGUCUCCUCAGACGAGCCGUUCCAGCCAUGAGAUCGUAGUCCGAAGACAUGCGUAUUUCGGUUGUAAUAUCGGAUGAAAGUAUUAACAAGUCGCUUUCAACCUAAACACUGUACAUAGAAUCCUGAAGAAUGGUAUCUGCUAACGAAAAGAAGCGGCGAGACCGCGAGAAGAAGAAGGCACAGGAGAAGCGACGAAAAACGCGACAGGCCGAGCAACGCGCAGAGGCCGCGGAUCGAGAAAAAGUACAGGCUCGCAGAGAGGUGCUUGGGGGAAAUGAAGCACAGGAACCAGAGGGCGACGAAGAAUACGUGAUUCCAGAGCUUCCAUUCAACCAGGACGACAGCAGGUUCGACGAGUACAAAAAAGUUUUCCACACCUUUUCCAUAGCCGGCGACGAGGACGAGAAAGAGGAUGGGGACGAGGGCAAGAAACCCAAACCCGGCGAGAAAAAGUCCAAGCUCCAGCUGCGCAAGCAGGUACAAGAGGGGGAGGACGGCGACCGGGAGAGCGGCGUAGCGGAUGUGUACGAGCGCUCUAAGAAAAAGAAGAAGAAGAAGUUUCUGGUGCACGAGCUGAAACAGGUCGUGGAGCGACCCGACGUGGUCACAGAAGUCGAUACCACCAGUCCCGAUCCGAAGCUUCUCGUGUAUGAUUUUCUUUUUUGCAUGAUCCCGAUAGUGUUUACGGCCUUUGUUAUUGUUUCAAGAACGCACAGGUCGUCGCCUGCCGCGUUUGUGCAUGUCGUCUUAUCAGAUGAAGCCCUAAGGUCCACCUAAGGUCUUGAAUCCAUGAAAUUGUUUAUCUGCUACAGGUUUUUGAAGGCAUAUCGCAACACGGUUCAAGUGCCACCGCAUUGGUCAGCCAAACGAAAGUUUUUGUCGAUGAAGAAGGGGCAAGAGAAACCGCGAUACCGCCUGCCCGAGUUUAUCGAGGCGACCGGAAUUCAAAAAAUACGAGAGGCAGUGCUGGCGAAGGAAGAAGGACAAGGUAGCAAAAUUGAGACACUACUUCUCGGAUGAACAGCAGCAUGAAGAUACAAGCUCUUACUUUAAGAUUCGCUGAGUUUCUUUGAAAUUCAAUAUGGUCCUCUUCGCGCGGUGAGAUUGCAUGGAUAGGUUCAACCAUGUUCCCCACGCAAGAAUAAAUGGAGAUUUGCGCAUCUACAUCAAUCACUUGGAAUUAUGAACACUGAACAGGCUCCACAGGCAGGGCGAAAGCGAGGUUGACGGCGAAGAUGGGAAAACUGGAUAUCGAUUACCAGGUUCUACACGAUGCCUUUUUCAAAUACCAGACACGACCCAAGCUGACCGGACACAACGAUAUUUAUUUCGAGGGAAAGGAGCAGCAGAUGAAGAUGCAAUCCCAAAAGCCCGGCGGGAAACUUACCGCCCCACUCAUGCAAGCGCUAGGUAUUGAUUCUUGUACACUCCGGAUUCUGCAUGUUUCAGUUUCGCCCACACGUCUCCUCUGCGAUGCGGCUCUGCGGUGGUCAUAUUAGCAAAUAAGCCAAUGUCAGCAACAAGAAGCCAUCGCGAGUGUGCAGCAUGGAGAUCUUGGUAUAUUGAUUACGAGUUGAAGAUGUGCCGACCAAUUUGUUCAGGUAUGAUCGACGAGAACCAGCCUCCCCCCUGGCUUUUCAACAUGCAGCGCUACGGGCCCCCAAAGGCGUAUCCGAUGAUGCGCAUUCCAGGAGUUAACGCCCCCAUCCCCGAGGGAGCAGAAUACGGCAUGAAUCCGGGCCAAUGGGGAAGACCUCCCCUGGACGAAUAUGAAAUGCAAAAAUGUCUGGGUCUGGAAGAUUGCAACUUGUCAUGGUAAAUCUGAAGCAUGCAAAAAUCUGUGUUGCAUGAGUGCCAAAAGCUGUCCACUUUUGACCAAGUUGGAACGGAGUUGCUCAUGCAGAAUAGGCAUGGCAGAGACCUCGCAGAGUCUGUCACGCUAAGUCCCGCAUUCCAGACCUCAUGGGUCAUGGAAAAUCUGCAUGACAAGUCUACACUCUUCCAGACCCAGACUUUUUUGCGCUUGAUAACGAAUUCGGCAACCCAAAAUUCGGCGACUGGGCCAAAGAACACGCGGCCCGCGCAAGAAGAGCCCAGUAUUAUUAUUGAAACAUUUUUAAAACAGGGCUACCUAAGCACACACAAGUGUGAAGAUGAGCUUGAGAACAAGAAGUAGUGAUUCACAACUUUCUAAGAGCUUGUUUGCGUUCUUUGAGUCGUAGGCUAGGAAAGUUAUCCUUCACUGAACAAUACUACCACAGAGUGGACGACAAUACACUUUGGGGAGAAGCUGAAGACGUGUCAGAUGAUGAGGAGCAAAUGCAGGCCGAGGGGCCUGAGGAACAAGCAGGAAUGUCCGGCACUGCCACCCCAAUGGUGGGACACGCGACCCCUAUGGUACUUGAGUUGGCACAUCAACAUUUCCACUUCUUUAUCUCUGUAAAGUCCAGCAAAAAUUUUAGCGUUUUCAUCGCGGAGGAUGGCGUUUUAUGUGUGUAUUUGUCCGUCGUGGCGCGACCUUUGCGACUCUGUCUGAUUGACAUGUUCUCAAUGAUUGAUUGAAUAUCAGAUCGGGGUAGCGACGCCACUGGCAGGCGCAGGGACGCCACUCAUUGGCAGCGGGUACAGAAGUACAUCAGGAAUUUCUUCCGUGACUUCGAACUUAACUGGCGGCCUGCAGACUCCCACCAUGAGUAUGCAGUACGGGUAUGGAAGUGCGCAAACAGGCGGGGUGAGGUCUGGCAGCAUGACGCCCGGACCACAGCUGUUUCAGGUGCUCGAAGAGCAGAAGCGGGUGGCUGGCGCUGGCGGAGUUUUUCCAAGUGCGCACGGAUACCGUGCGGGUGGGAUUGCCACGCCCGGUAUCGCCACACCCGGUAUCGCAACACCGGGAAUCGCAACACCCGGAAUCGCGACACCGGGGUUUGCAACGCCAGGAAUCGCAACGCCGGGCAUUAUGCGAGGUCCACAAAGCGGAAUUGCGUCCGUGGGGAGAAUUCCAGGUAUGCACUUGCUUUAAGAAGUGACCUUGGAUGAAUACAUGAGCAUAUUGUUCUAGCGUAGUGCAGUCACUGUAGAGGAUUAUCCGGAGGAAUUUCUGAUCCUGUAAACAAGUGCAUGGUGCCGUUUUUGUUUUUGCUUCGAUUCUGCCUCCGAAAAUUUCCACAGGUAUCCAAACGCCGCUUGGUAUUCAAACCCCAAUGGGCCUGGGUAUCGCGACGCCCGCGGGCGGAAUACAAACGCCAGUGGGGGGAAUCGCGACACCGACGGGAAUCCAGAGCGCGGGCGGUAUACGUUCCGUCGAGCAGGAAGGUAUGAUGACAGCAGAUAUGAUCCGCGCGCAGCUGAAACAGCAAGAGCAAAAAGCCGCGGACGCCCGGACAGCGGCGCACCAAAAAGAUGUCAAGAAGAAGGAUGGCAAGAAAAAGAAAAACGCCUUCAAGUUUUAGUCGGGCCUCCGAGUUGGGAGACCCGUGGGCGGUCCGCGUGCUCAUGCACCUUGUCAUGGCGCAACUGUAAGUGCAUCUAUCUCCGCAGCGUCGCCGUAAUGCCGUUGUUUCUCCGAACGCGGCAAUGGUUGGACCGUGCGUUCGAGAAACCGCCUCACAGUAGAAUCCAUUGACAAGGACCCAACGCCUCCACCAACUCGCGCUGCAGCAAGUACUACCCUGCGAC